CAAAACUAGGUCUUUUACUGUAAACAUGUUAAAUUCGAAGAUAGCGCCCAAUAGCGAUGAUCUUCCAGACCUUAAAAAUGUUACAGAAAUGAUUUAGUUUAAACGAGUCACAGGUAAAUUCAAAGUGUUUGAAUUUCUUCGCGUUUAGUUGAUUUUGGAAUGUUUAGACAACAAAUAUGUAAUUGUCGGAGUUCAGUUAUAGAGAAAUGAACUGCCCAAGAUUUGAAUUGAAGUGAAACAUAUAGUGCGUUUUUUUUUGUGAUUGGGGGAAAAAAUGGAUAAAGAGAUGACUCAAACGAAGUUCUAUAACAGGAGAAUGACUGUUUGGUGGUUUUUGAUUAUGGUUAUUAAUUUUAUAUUUGGAGUAGCUGGAAUUAUAAUAUGCAGUCUCAAAAUCAGAAACAUUGGAAAUGAGGACUUCCAAAUAGGAUUCUUUAAAUUAUCAAUGGGAUUUGCCGCAUGCAAUCUCAUACUAAGCGUUCUUCUUCUAGUCGCUGUUCUAAAGAGAGAUCAGAAAUAUGCCUUCUUGUAUGCCUUAUUGAUAUUUUUAAGUCUGUUUGCCGCUACUAUUCAUAUUGAGAGCACCACGAGCAAAAACGUCACUUUUAUAAUAAUAUUUAUAGUUUUUGCUCUCCUAUGUUUCUUGUGGUUCUGUGUCUAUGGAACGUACCAGAUAUGGCUCAAGGAUAAUUUGGCAGAAAAAAACGAAGUUGAGCAAACUGUUGUGUGAACUUUUUAAUUUUGAAGACUGUAAUUAUUUCUUCUGAUACAUUUGUAUGUAAAUUUGUUGAUUUCUUUGCUGAGAG